UGGAAAGAGUAGAAACGAGGGAGAGAGAGAGAGAGAGAGAGUCUUGAGAGACAAAGGCAGCUGAAAGAAAGCUAAAACAGAUCAGAUUUCAGAGAGAAGCUUCCUCUCUUUCUCUUCUGUCUCUUAGAUUUGGGUUUUGGGGUAUUGGAAUUUAGGGCUUUGAAAUUGAAAUGUGGUUCUCUUCUUCAGCUCUUGCUCUUCUGCUAUGCGUUUUGAGCGUGGAAGCUUCGGUCCACGAGUACGCCGAAGAGAGAUUCGCCACUAAAGGCAACGCCUUUGUCGUCCAUGGCGGUAGCGAGGGAAUUUACUCUUCUGCCCCUACUCAAUCGACCUCCGUCUCUGCCAACGGCGACUCAUUUAUACGCUUUGAAAAGAUUACAUUUAGGAGAAGCAAAGAAUCUGCUAACUUGAGCUCAUGGCCUGUCCAUGCCAUUGUUUUUGAGGUGGAGGAUAGAGAGACUAUUGGGGGUUCAGCCUAUGGUGGUCAAAGAGCAGUGUGUUGCACAGGGGAUCUUGCAAAACUGGGAGUUUGUACCCAAGGCGAAAUCAUACACCGCCCGUCUACUAAGAAUCCAGGUUGGCCUCAGGUAUUUGGUGUCUCAUUUGAAGCACAUGAGAAAGUUGCCACAUUGCCAUCCAAAUCCAUACAGAUUACUAAAACUGGGAUGUACAAUUUGUAUUUCAUUCAUUGCGAUCUGAAGCUGAACGAUUUGAUUGUUGAGGGGAAAACUAUAUGGAAAAACCCUACUGGGUAUUUACCUGGUAGAAUGGCACCUUUUAUGAAUUUCUAUGGGUUUAUGUCCCUUGCUUUUGUCAUACUUGGGAUCUUUUGGUUCUCACAGUAUGCAAGAUUUUGGAGAGAAGUUUUCCCAUUGCAGAACUGUAUCACUCUGGUAAUAACACUGGGUAUGUUUGAGAUGGCUCUAUGGUAUUUUGAGUAUGCUGAAUUCAACGAGACUGGAGUCCGCCCAACUGGAAUAACUGUAUGGGCAGUUACCUUUGGGACGGUUAAACGUACGGUGGCACGUGUGAUACUUUUAAUGGUCUCUAUGGGCUUCGGUGUUGUAAGGCCUUCCCUUGGUGGGCUUACAUCGAAGGUGAUUUUGCUUGGACUGACCUUCUUUGUGGCAUCCGAGGUUCUUGAGAUGGUAGAAAACGUAGGUGCAGUAAGUGAUCUUUCCGGAAAGGCAAGGUUGUUCUUGGUUCUUCCUGUUGCAAUACUGGAUGCUUUCUUCAUUCUUUGGAUAUUCACUUCCCUCUCCGCAACUUUAAAUAAGCUUCAGGCUAGGCGAAUGAUGGUUAAACUUGAUAUUUACAGGAAGUUUACCAACGCUUUGGCAGUGACUGUCAUUGUGUCCGUGGGUUGGAUAUGCUAUGAGCUAUAUUUCAAAUCAAAUGAUGUGUACAAUGAGCAGUGGCAGAAUGCAUGGAUCAUCCCCGCCUUCUGGCAAGUUUUAUCUUUCUCUCUCCUAUUUGUCAUCUGCGUUCUUUGGGCACCAUCGCAGAACUCAACAAGAUAUGCUUACUCGGGAGAUGCAAGCGAAGAGUUUGACAAGGACGAUACGACCUUGACACUCAUAAAGCCAUCUCUAACGCCUGCUAAGGAUGUCCUUAGUGCACCAGAAGCUAGAGCAAUGCAAAGCAGCAAUGGGUUAUCAAAAGGUGGUGAUGAAGAAGACAAGAUAGAGUAAAGUAGAACCACCCAGCUGGAAUAUUUUGUUUGCAUUGCAACAAUAUCCAGCUGCUCCUAUGCUACAAAGGGAACGUAUGAUAUACAGUGGAGCAGAAUUGAUCAUGGGAUAGAAAAUUCAAAUUGUAUGUUGGGAUUAUAACGUUAGCUAGUUAGUUUUGUUUCAUGCCCUUGUGUAUUCGAUUAUUUCGUUAUUAUUAAUGUUCCACUUACAAGUAGUCAAAGAUACGCAAAUGAGAUCUGUUGUGUUCUUUUCUGAUAAAUAUAUUUAUAUCAUUGGCGGUUCACAUAUUA